CAGGCUGCAGAGACCGCUCCGGACUAGGGUCCUUGUCUAUGUCUGGAUGUAUGGGAACUUAUUUCAGAUCCAAAUUAGUUUUUUCCCCCAUUUUUUUUCUAUUUUAAUUAGUUUUAGUUAGUCAGAGCUUACCUGCCUUGCAGCUGUUUCGAUCAGGGUGAGAAAAACUAACAACUGUCUGUGUGAAACUACUUGAAAACAUCCAUUACUAUUCAGUAUCUUUGGGGUUUAAUGUUCAAAUUGGUAUCUGAUUGCAUACUGACUCAUAUCUGGUUUAGCUGCAUAUAGGAAGUACACCUCGUGGGGGUUUUUUAGCACUGAAGGAGUUUCAGGCUGUAGUGUGUGUGUGUGUGUGUGUGUGUGAGCAUUUUGAGGUGUCCACUUUCAGAAGUGGCCUUGUACUGUAGUUAGAAUGGGACCCAAGUUGUAAGGUGGAAGGAGCAUGCUGAAACGUGGUGGAAAAAGUAGCUAUAACCCCUACUCCACAAGUCAGAGAGUUAAAAAAGGGGAGUCCAAAGGCAAAGACAGGCUGGACAUUCUGCCCAACAAGCACAACAUAUGGCUUAAACAGCUGUCCAUUCUCCAGGAGCAACCGAGGAAAGAUGGAGGCGAUGCCACCCUCUCCUCUUCACCCUCCUCUUCUUCCUCAACGCUUACACCAACCCCCAUCGGCCUUCAGGACCCCUCCCUGUCCUGCCCGGGCACCCCGAGCCCUCAGCAUGGCAAGCUGGCCUCGAUACAGGGAGUGGGCUGCCCGUCUCCUGUGGCCACCCUGAAGAGGCCGACGGCGUUGAGCCGACACGCCAGCGCUGCAGGGUUCCCUCUCCCAUCGUGGGUCCACACAAGAGGUCAGGGGAAAGGAGCUUUGACCCCGUCUCCUCAGUCAGAGACCCCAGAGAGCACAGUCAUCGAGGUGGAGGACAUCCCGGCGCUGCUGAGGGACGUGGCACGCUUUGCAGAGGCUGUGGAGAAACUGAAGGAUGUCGUGCUGACUGAGGGUAAGGAGAGCCAGCGCCCCGUGGCCCAUGAGUGUUUGGGGGAGGUGCUGCGCGUCCUGCGUCAGGUAAUCAACACAUAUCCUCUGCUUAACACCGUUGAGAUCCUCACCGCUGCUGGGAAACUCAUAUCCAAGGUUAAAGGUUUCCACUAUGAGGCCUGCAACGAGGCAGAUAAGAAGGACUUUGAGAAGGCAAUUGAAACCAUUGCAGUUGCUUUUAGCAGCAAUGUGUCUGAGCUGCUGAUGGGAGAAGUGGACAGCAGCACGUUGCUCUCACUGCUGCCUACUGAGAAAAGCAGGUCGAUGGAGAACUUGUACGCCGCUGCAGGCCAUGGAGCAGACGGGGGACACUUCCGGAGCGACCUGCAGGACAUGGGCAGAGUUGAGGAAGCAGAUCUGAUCCUGCAGCGCAGCGAGGGAGGGGUGGACUCAGCUCUGCUCUAUGCCAAGAACAUUUCCAAGUACAUGAAGGACCUGAUAUGCUACGUGGAAAAGAGAACUUCGCUGGAGGUGGAGUUCUCCAAAGGCCUCCAGAGACUAUAUCAGUCCUGCAAACACAACAUAACUCAUCCCCAGAUGCCCCUCUUCUCCAUCUACUCUCUGGCUCUAGAGCAGGACCAGGAGCAAAGUAUUGGACUGCAGCAAGCCACCAUUACCCUGCACACCCAGAUCUUCAUCCAGCCUCUGAUGCAGCGCAAACAGGAGCACGAAAAGAGGCGGAAGGAGAUCAAGGACCACUGGAUUCGAGCCAAGAGGAAACUGAUGGAGUGUGAGGCAAACCUGCGGAAGGCCAAGCAGGUCUUCGUGGUCCGCUGUGAGGAGCACGAAAAGGCCAAAACAGCAACCUGCCGAGCUGAGGAGGAGGGAGGGGGAUCUACUGCAAAGUCUCUGGAGAAGAAGAAACGUCUGGAGGAAGAGGCUCGCAACAAGGCAGACGAAGCAGAGGCCACCUAUCGUACCUGUAUAGCAGAUGCCACCACUCAACAGCUGGAGCUUGAGCACACAAAGGUUACAGUGCUGAGGCAGCUGCAGGAUAUCAUCAAACAGAGCGAUCAGACCCUCCGCUCGGCCACCAUUUCCUACUACCAGCUCAUGCACAUGCAGACGGUAGCCUUGCCGGUCCAUUACCAGACUCUGUGUGAGAGCAGCAAACUGUACGACCCCGGCCAGCAGUACGCUGCUCACGUGAGAGACCUGCAGCUGCCUGAGCAGCCCACCAUCCACUACACGUUUGAGGCAUACUCCCCCUCCAGCUCAUCAUUACCCCACGGCCACAGACCGAGAAAUGACAGUUUCAACACUGACACGAAUACGAGUCAAACCGAGGGUCCUGCCAUCAGCGUGGAUCCCGCAGCUGCAGAAUCAGAGGCUCAGCGCAAGAAGCAGGGUCACAAGUCGUGGGGCUCAACCGUGAGUAAUGACAGUGUUGGCGGAGAUGGAGGCCUGGAUUCUCCCACUGCCAGCACAAGUGACAUUGCCAAAAUAGCUCGGACAUCAUCUACUGGAACGAUGUCGUCUGAUGAGGAUGUAGAUGAGAAAGAUGGAAAUGUGUCCUCAUUUGAGUCUCCAAAUAUUAACGGCAUGGAUCCAGAUGUGGUGGUGUCCACCAGACCUUUCCGUAACAUUGGCCUGUCCAAAGCAGCCCAGACCCAUCGGCUGAGGAAGCUACGAACUCCUGCCAAGUGCCGCGAGUGUGACAGCUAUGUUUACUUCCAGGGAGCCGAGUGUGAGGAGUGUUUUCUGGCAUGUCACAAGCGCUGCCUGGAGACUCUGGCCAUCCAGUGUGGUCAUAAGAAGCUGCAGGGUCGCCUGCAGCUGUUUGGCAGGGACUUCUCUCAGGUGGCCAGCUGCGCCAGCGACUGCAUCCCCUUCAUCAUCACCAAGUGUAUCUCAGAGAUUGAAAGACGUGCACUCAAGAUGAAGGGAAUUUACAGGGUAAAUGGGGUAAAAACUCGUGUGGAGAAACUGUGCCAGGCCUUUGAGAACGGCAAAGAACUGGUGGAGUUGUCUCAGUGUUCACCGCACGACAUCAGCAACGUCCUCAAACUUUACCUCAGACAGUUACCGGAGCCCAUCAUGCCGUUCCACCUGUACAACAAGCUGAUGGGACUGGCCAAAGAGAGCCUGCAGAGUGACGGAGACUCGCCAGAGGGAGAGGAGGCCGAGCCGAGCACCACCAACCCGGCAGUGGUCAGGGGGCCUGAACUGGUAGACCAGGGUCCUGACACAGACCCUGAGGUUCUGGUUUUGGUGAAUAGUUUGAGAGAACUACUAAAAGAGCUGCCCAAGGCUAACAUGGCUACGCUUCGCUACAUCGUUCGCCACCUUCGAAGGAUUGCAGAGCUGGAGGAAGAUAACAAGAUGAGUCCCAGUAACUUGGGGAUUGUUUUUGGACCCUCUCUGAUGCGUCCUCGUCCAACUGGGGCCACGAUAUCCCUGUCUUCUCUGGUUGAUUAUCCCCACCAGGCCCGCAUCGUGGAGGCUCUCAUAGUCUUCUAUUCAUCCAUCUUCCAGUCCAAAACCACUCAGUCCAACAAAACCUCCCGCCCUGCUUCCAGCUCCACUCAGCAGGAAAGUCUUGUAUGUGAUAAGAUGGAGAGCUCUGCUGACGGAGAGGAUGAUGGCAGUAGAGAGGAGCAGAACAAGCUGGAGGAGGGAUGUGAAAGUUCUUUGGGCUCUCUGGGCUCUAGUGAGCAGCUCCCUGACUCGGACUCUGAGCUGGAGGAGAGUAGCCAGAGAACCCGCAGCUUGACAAAGCAGGAGAGCGAGGUGAGCAUGGACGACGACCAGCUGAGCUACAGGGACAGCCUGGACCUGUCCAGUCAGUCUGUCACCCAUACCGACCCCGAGCAGGAUGUGGAUCAGGACCAUGACCAUGACCAUUCAGAGGAGGGAGAUGCUCCCGCUCUGCCUAAUAGUGGGCCCCCUGAUGAUAGUACAGUAGAAGAGCAGGAUCUGAUGGCCUCCCUUGCCGAGCUCAACGUGAAUCAGUCUAACAAUAACAACCAACCCUACUCCCCCAUACCGAGUCUGUCAGGGCUUCCACUGGCACGCCUGUGUGGGAAAAAAUUACCCCUGACGAGAAACCGGGACGAGCCUGAGUUUGUCUGAUUUUAUGAUCAUAAUCAAAUGAGACUGCGUGAUGAUUAAAAUCGAGCACAGGCUUUAAGCUGCGCCCAACAAAGAUCAAGAGUUUUUGAUCUGUGAUGUUUGCAGCUGUUCCCUGUCACUGAAACCUCUGCACGCUUACUGCUCUUUGAUUAAAUCAAUCCUGUCAUUUCAAAAGGUUUGACUUGACUGAUAACACAUGCAUUGUUUAAUUUUUCUAGGGUGUUUUUCUACUUGUUUUACGAGCUUGAAGUGGCCAGUCAUUUCAGAACGUGUACAUUGUGCAAACUUUCCAGAUUCCCUUUAAAGUGUUGAUUUUAUUUCAGUCUUAGAAUUAAAAAUAAGUCAAACCAUUUAUCAAUGUCCUGUAUUACCCUUUAUCAAUGUUUGAACUAUUUUAAUAAAGAUUCCUUUAUGAUA